AUGAUUUCGCAGAGCUCCAGCCCCAGUUCUUCACCCGACAUUCUUGGGCCCCCUGGCGACGUCGAAUAUCUAAUAUCGUCCCCGAUCAGACCGUUUUCCGGUCGUCAAAGCUUCAUGUCGCCCGCAAAUUUCAAGCUUCUCCAGACCCCGCGGACGGGCAAGGGAAAGCGGCCGCGCAUCAACUUCAGUCCUGCCAAGAGCGCUCACUCGAUUCAACUCGGCGAUGUUCUUCUUCCAGCGUCUCCGUCGAGAAGGCUAAAUGUCCAACAGCAAUCGUUAUCUCCGGAUAAGACACUAGGGGACGGGAACCUGAGCCCGUGGAGAAUUCGAGUAACACUUGAGGCCACACAAGACGAGGAAAUGAAUCAAGGGAGUCCAUCGCGCAAGCGGCUGAGACCGUCAACAAGCACGACGACCAAGAUCCCACUGAAAGACGCCGAAGACUAUGCGGAUCAGACACCGAGAAGACGCCGGGGACGCCCACGGAAAUCGGAUAUACAAGCAGAGGACGCGGCGCCCGCAGCAGGCAGUCCUGGACACACACCGGGUCCGGGAGGCACAAGUGGACAGAAGAGAAAACGAGGUCGGCCACGGAAACAGCCUGUCGAUGAGAAUCUGGUGGAUAGCGGCGAACCGGCUACUGAUAUCGUGGACGACAAUGCGGCUAAUCUUGUCGAGCCUGAACCCGAACCCGAACCCGAACCUGAACCGCGCUGGAGUCCGUUGAAUCUUGCUGGUGACGCUGAUUCUGAUGAUGACGCUCUGCCGGAAGACUUCAUGGCCGUCGACACCUUUGAGAAUGGUGGCGACGAGGAGCGUCCCGGUGCGAGUGCGUGGGAUGGAAACACCCCGCGAAUCAACCACGAGCGCACUUACGAGACACCGGAUGUUACUCUUAUAGAUCAAAUCUAUGGAAAUAACCAGGAGGGAGAGCCGCAAUCUACCCCGUCUAAAAUGCCGUCACCGUCACGGGAGAGCCAGAUAUUUUCGCCGGAUAACACGCUACAUGCAGGCCACACACCAAGGCCACCACGCUCUUACCCAAGCCCAACAUCAUCGUCUUUAGACGAUGAUGAUCGACCCGUUCAGUUUGAAGCAGAGGCUCCUGUUAUGGAGGCGGGCCCUGAUCACAACGCCCAUGGUGUUGCAAACGAUCCGACGGACGAACACAGGGAGUUUGAUUCUAUUAUGGAAAGCGAAGGAUUCAGCAUGGUCUCAUUGGAUACACUACCAUCGGUCAAACAACACGGCCUGAGCAUUAACUCGCAGACAGCCCAGAGUGCCCUCAAACCUUUUUUGGAGCGCGAGAAAAUCGCAAUUGGACAAAGAUCGAAGCGCAAGGUGUCGACAUUGAACCUGCAUAAUAAACAAAAAUCUCCAGAUCCAGCGACGGAAAUCGGACCAAAUUCGACAGAAAAGACUGCGGCUCGUGCUCCUGUGCGAUCAACUGAGCCCGAACCACGACCCUCAUCUAGCGGAGGCUCGAGAUUCACCGAACAGAAGCAGCCCACCCCUGCUGUCUCACCUGCCCCGACGCCUACAUCCCGUGCUACCAGGAUGAGAAACCCCAUCGUAAGGUGGGUCAAAAUCAUUCGCGCAGGUAUAGUUCUGGAAGGUGCCCUUCGGCGUCCUUAUGAAGGUGCACCUGUCCCUACGCCCGGAACCCCUGACUUAAGAGAGCAAAUUUCGAGUCUUGAAGGGCCAAGAAGACGCCUGGAGCUACUGUUCAGUGACUUCAAUCCCAGGAUAAGACGUGAAUUGCGCGCAGGCUUGGGGCUUGCCCAAGAACUUGCAAAGAGGCGAAGGAAAGCGGAGAUCGAACAAGCCAGGCGGACGAUGUCGGUUGAAGCAAAUUUGAAGGGGAAACGCGGCACAAUAUUCACCGAGACGCCACAGCAAGAAAUCCACGAAGCUCCCAUCAAGGAUACUCCAAGUACGGAAAUGAAACGGCGUCUGGAGGAAUGGCAAAGGGAGAGGGAAGCUGUCAGUCGAGAGAUUCAGAUGGCCAGCACGAGUCAAGUCAUUGUGGUUGAUAGCGACGCAGCUGGCCCGCAGAGUCCUGAAGUGGAUGACAAUGGCUACGAAUAUGGGAGCGAGCCUGAUGAGGAAGAUGGCUUGCCGGACGAACAGCCAGAAGCGCAUCUUGAUAGUAAUGUGCAAGCCAUGUACGAGAAUGGAGAUGAAGAAGAGGGGUACGAGGAUAUCUGGCAACAAGAAGCAAGAGACCAUAGCAAUCUCUCCCAUCAUUCGUCAACAUUUCAGAACGACCACGACAUCCAAGAUAUCGAAGUAGGACAACAAUCCAGCCCAUUAAAAAGCAGCUCAAGCCAAGCAGCAGGUGAAUAUCGAGGAACCUUCUCUCCCGCCCCAUGGACCCACACGAACGACAAGGUCCCGUUCUUGGGCCAUUCGCGAGUCAAGCGACUCCGUGAACAGGCGGUAGAUCUUUCUACAGUGCUUCGUGGGGAGGAGACGCCACGCCACAUCCGUCAUUAUUAUGGGCAGAGCAGCCCAGCCAAAAGCGCAAAUGAACAAUCGCCAAAGCAGCAUCGCUCGAGUCCGGAGUCUCAACGAGAAGCCUUGGAGGGCCAUGGCUCUGAAGACGAUGAGCACGUGUCCGACAUCUAUCUCGAGUCAAGCCCCAACAGAAUUUCGGAUGAUGAUACAUUUCAGAUAGAUCCGACGACAAGGCACGAGAGUGAGAGGCAACGUGCCCAUCAAAUUGAGCAAGAGAGUGAAGAUGGCAAUAUGUCAGCUACCGCGCUAGCCGACGACGUGUCCGUGCACGAAGGAAAUUCGCUCACACCUGCACAGACUCGAACUGCCGACGGGGAUGUCCAAGCAUCAUCCUGGUUCCGAAAAAUCACUAGUCUGACGCCAGGGUGGCUGAAAGCCCCAAAACGGAAUGCGAUUGCGCCAGCUAAUGGUCUUGCGAGCGAGGAUUUCUCGGAAAGGGUUGAGAACGAGGAAGUGCCUGACGUCAGAUCAACCAAAGACGUGGGGACACACCUCGAUGAUCAAGAGCGUCUCGAAGGACUGGAUGAAACGCCAAGGAAGCUGCAGUCUAUUGAACAGGACCACUACGAGCCGACAUCACCUGCUUCCGACGUUGCUCGACCUAUUGAAGAUCGACAAGCUUCGCCGGAGGAGGAAGAAGAGGCAGAAGAAGAACAAGUCGCGGCCGAGGCGUAUGAACCUCAUUUCCCGCUCGCCGUCUCUGGCUAUUUCAGCGACGAGCACUACAUUCUUCUCCGUCGUCUUUACCGGCUAUCAAAACGACAUCCGGAGCGGUUCCCCUACUACUCAGCCCCUGGACGUUCUGAUAUCAUCGGCGACUGGAUUUGGACGUCGGACGGCAGACAUGGAGUGCGCGUCACGGAGACGCAAUUCGCUAUAAUUGACCGAUUUGUGCACGAGCUGGCUCGUGGCGACCUGCAGGCGGGUGGCACGGGCCAGAUUGGCUGGACAGAGGCAGACAUGCACCGAAGACUGAUCAGCAUUAUCAUUGGCGAGCAGAUCAGGGAAGAAAUGGAGACCGGGGAAGCGUGA